CACGUGGAUUGUUUAAUAAUUGCAUCGUGCUUCAGCGAUGUUUACCAAAUUUUUUUUUGAAAUACCUCUAUAUUUAUUCAGUUUAUUCUAUGUAGUUAAAUCUCAAUCCUUAACAAGACCUAUUGGUGUAUCUGUCGAAAGAAGUCAUUUGUAUGCAAAUAAAGAUGGGUAUUUUUAUUGUUUUACUGAUUCCUUUCAAAUACCCUAUAAAUUUGUUAAUGAUGAUUAUUGCGAUUGCAAAGAUGGAAGUGAUGAACCUGGUACAUCAGCUUGCAGAAAUGGUCAAUUCCAUUGUGACAAUAAAGGGUUCAUAGGCAAAUCAAUAUUUUCCAGUUGGGUCAAUGAUGGAAUUUGUGAUUGCUGUGAUGGAUCUGAUGAGCAUUUACUGGAUACCAAAUGCAAUAAUACUUGUAGAGAAGAAGGCCAAGUUUAUGUGGCACAUUUAAAGAAUCAAAUUCAAAUCAAUGAAAUUGGUUUAAAAAUAAGAGCAGAAGACAUCAAAAAUGGUCUAGCUCUAAAACACCAAAGACAAGAAAAAUUGAAUCAAGUAGCUAGAGAAAGAGCUAUACUUAAGGAAGAAUUUACCAAAAUAGAAGGUUUGAAAAUUGCAUUGGAAGUUAAAGAAAAACAAGCUAAAGAUGAGUACAUGAAAAUGUUGAAUGAAAUUAAAGAACAAAUGAAAAUCAAAGAAGCGAAGAAGAAAAGUGCAGAGCUAUUUGAAAAGUUGGAUACCAAUAAGAAUGGCAUUUUGCAAGAUCACGAACUCGCUUCUAACUUGCUCCCUUUACUAACUCAGCAGCAAGAUGUCCCGACCGAACCCAAAGACGAAACCUUGAAUAACCGAAAUGAUACAGAACUUCAAGUGAACGUUGACGAAUGUGAUUAUAAUUCUGAUAGCGUGGUCGAUCGCAAUGACUUGAAUUCGGUUUUCGAAAAUAUGAAACGAUUCGAAAUGGAUGCCCAUCAAUUUUACGAACAUUUUUCACAACGUCUCUACAAAUGUCAUCCGCAUUCUUAUGAAUUGACCCACACUGAACCUCCAGCCCAAACUCAAAUAAAUUCUCCCGAAAUUAUUAACGAUCACGUGACGGAACCUAUCCAACAAGAGGAACAACAUUUACAUCCCGAGGAUGUAAAUUAUCCGGAUCACCCACAGGAACACCCGCAUUUGAAGGAAGAUGGAGGUGAGAUUGAGAUGGACGACCAUCAAAGUCUCGAAAAUGAAGGCGGCCGUGGCGACGAUGAUGACGACGAGGAAGAGGACAUUUAUCCCAGAGACAAAAAUUCGGAAGAGGUGCAUACAGCCAAGAACGAAUAUGAAGAAAACGAAGUAUUAGAUGGUGAGGAACCUUCCAUUUUACCUUACGACGAAAACACGAAGGCGCUUUUAAAAGAAGCACAAAAUCUCAGAAGAGAGUUUUCCGAAUUAUCUGCCAAGCACUCCAACUUGGAUAAAGAAUACUCACACUUGAAAAGAAUGGAUGAAAUGGACACUGGACCGGAAACGGAGUUUUCAGUGCUAAUGAACCACUGUUUUGAAUACAAGGACGACAGAAAUGAAUAUGUGUACAUACUCUGCCCUUUUAAAGAUGCCGUUCAGAAAUCCAUUUCCUCCGGAUCUCAAACCAGCAUGGGAAAUUGGAACAGUUUUGAGACGGACGAAAAUAACGACAGAUAUGGUUACAUGCUAUUCUCGGGUGGUCAGCAAUGCUGGAAUGGCCCUAAUAGAUCUACCAAAGUCAAAUUGUUGUGCGGGGAUUCUAACAAGCUCGUAUCAGUUUCCGAGCCGAGCAGAUGCGAAUAUCACAUGGAAUUUUUAACGCCAUCUAAAUGCAUGCCAUUGGAGAAGAGGGAGGAUUUGAAACCGUAUCUGCAACAUUUUAGGGACGAAUUAUGAUAUGAUAAGAUACAUAAAUUAAAGAGUCAUAGUAUCGAUAUGACUUGAAUUGUAAAAUAAAUGCUAGGUUGUUAGAUUUCUUUUUUUGAGCCCUUUUAAUCAAAAUAUAUUGUUAAAAAAACAGCUAAAUAAUGUUUUUAUUCAUUUUAUUAAGAGUUUUAAUUUUCUAAGGAAUUUAAAAUAAAUGGUUUGAAAUUGAUAAUAACAAUUCGUUAAAAAUAAAACUCCAAUCAUUAAAACAAGUUAAACGUAAGAUUGAGAAUCGGCAAUCUGUUUUUAACUUAUCUUUUACUCCUUCCUUUCACUUUCGCAUGACCAAAUGUGGUAUCUAAAAAUUUUGAUUAUGUUUUCGGCUAAAAUCAUGUCCAGAAUACAAUCGAAUUUUAUAGUUAGCCAAAAAAAAAAUUUGGGGUGGGGAGGGGAUAAUGGCAUUAUUAAUAUUGAUUUGCAUAUUAUAAUCUUGAAUUUUAUAUUUCCGGGUCCAAUUAUGCAUGCAUAUUUAUUGUAUAUAAUAUUAUUAUACUUGAAAACCCUGUGAUUUUAUUAUUCUUUUCGAUCAAUUUUUAAGCUCUUAAGCUGCCUCAUGGUUAUAAAUUUUUUUUAAAUUUAAAAAAUGUUUAAAAAUAAUAAUGACGGAAAUUUUGAAGCC